AGAUCAGGGAAAAUGACACAGCCCAAAUUUAACUGAACUUACAAAGAGAAGGAGACUGAGAGAGACUAGAGGCAGCUGCAAAGAGGCCAUGGCAGGGUUUCAUGUCCGUAGUGUCCUGGUGACUGGAUCCAAUAGGGGAAUUGGCCUGGAGCUGAUCAAGCAUUUUAUUGGGAAACUGAACCCACCAGAAGUGAUCUUUGCCACCUGCCGGGACCCAGAGGGAGUGCGAGCGCAGGAACUAAAAAAUUUGGCUUCCAAGCACCCAAAUGUUGUGAUUCUGCAGCUAGAAGCUACAGACUCAGCGAGCAUCAAGAGCGCUGCAAAGAAAGCUGAGACCCAUCUGGGAGGAACUGGCCUAAAUCUGCUGAUAAAUAAUGCUGGCAUUAUGCCACCAAGCACACUUGAGUCAGCCACUCCUGAAGAUAUGUUAAGCGUCUAUAACACGAAUGUUGUUGGGCCACUGUUAGUGACCCAGGCGUUCCUGCCCUUGCUGAAGAAGGCUGCCCUGGGAAGCAACCAGAAAGGGAUGAGCUGCAGCAAGGCGGCCAUUGUCAACAUCUCCACUGUUCUGGGAUCCAUUGAGAAAACUCCUGAAACGUUCUCCUUCGUGCCAGUAGUCUCCUACCGCUGCAGCAAGGCGGCGCUGAACAUGCUCACAAAGUGCCAGUCGAUGGGAUACAAGCAAGACGGGAUCCUGUGCACUGCACUGCACCCAGGCUGGGUGAAAACUGAGCUGGGAAACUUUCAACCUAAUGUGCAGCACCAGCAUGCCUCUCAGAGAAAGACCUUUCUCCAGUGGGACCACACCUCUGUGACAUGCCCAGUAACAGGAACGGCCAUUGUAUACAGUACUGAGACAAAGGGGAAGGCUCAGCUAGAACCUGCUCAGACAAGGGCAAUCGCCAUUUCAAAAGAUGUCAGGUUUCAGACUCUGCAACCACUGUUAUAUAAUUACAACAAAUCUUGUACAAAGUGUGUCAAGUAAGAUGUCUAUAGCAAUGUUUUGAUUUUCUGAAUAUGAUUAUACUAUUUGUAUGCAUGUAUCAUUUUUGUAUUUUAAGUUUUGAGUAUUGGCUUUAUACCUGGAUUUCAAAUGUUUGCUCCUGGGUAGCACCCACAAGGUAUUUAGCCAGCACGUUGUGAAGGAACUAUUCAAGUUGAAUGGCCCAUUAAAGAACAUUGGCCUUUCUACACUUAAUGGACUUUCCUGUGAAUGUUCCAUCUGCAGUAUAGGUAAUGGUUUUGCUGUGACUAAGCAAAAUCAUGUGACUCCAAAAACCAUCUAGUCACCUGUAAUUUUUCACAGUGAGAACAAUGGGUUUCUCUUCAUUGAGAAAAGCUAUAAAAGGCCCUGGCAAUGUCUCCAUUUGGCCUUUUUCCUGCUCAGACCUCUGGACUAUGGACUUAUAUGAAUGGGACCGUUCUAACCAAAGGACCGAGGACCAGCUAGUGAUUUAGAAGCAACCAGAGAAUUAGGCGAUGUCUACACUACACAGCUUUUAGUGACAUGGUUGUGUUGCUACAGCCGUGCUGCUAAAAGUCGUGCAGUGUAGAUGCCGUUUGUCAGUUCUGCUGCAAACAAUGCACUAUUCAUGCUGACACUUGUCAUGGCAAAACUUUUGUCUUUUACAGGGAGAGGAGGGAGGUAACACCUCUGAAAG